AGGUAGAUUUUGAGGUUAUGUUAUCAUUCACCUCGCUCGCGUUGCAUGUGUUUUGUUCACUCGUUGAACGUGUUUCAUUUACAAUUUACGCCUUGUUCAUCGGUUUCAUGUGAAUUUUUAUCGAUUUGAGUCUUUAUUGAACACUUGUGUCUGCUACAAACCCUUGAUCUAUUUCCUCACUAUGGGUAAACUUAAUGUUACUCUUUUGCGUUACUUAACGAAAGAAGACUUUCGUGUUCUAAUCGCGAUCGAAAUGGGUAUGAAAAACCACGAACUCGUGCCGGGUCCGUUAGCUGCGUCGAUCGCAAAUCUGCGUCAUGGUGGUGCUCACAAACUGUUGCGUGAAUUGUGCAAGAAUCGCCUGCUCUCAUACGAACGAGGGAAACACUUCGACGGCUACAGGUUGACGAAUUCAGGCUACGAUUACCUUGCCCUGAAGACCCUUGUUUCACGUGGUGUUGUUUCCUCUUUUGGUAACCAAAUUGGAGUUGGUAAAGAGUCUAACAUUUAUGUUGUUGGGAACUCUGAGGGUGAAUCACUUUGUCUAAAAUUACACAGACUGGGUAGAACUUGUUUCCGCAAUUUAAAAGAGAAACGAGAUUACCAUGCCCACCGGAACAAGGCUGGCUGGCUGUAUUUAUCACGCAUUUCAGCCACCAAAGAAUUUGCCUACAUGAAAGCCUUAAAAGACCGAGGUUUUCCUGUACCAAAUCCAAUUGAUUGGAACAGGCAUUGCGUUAUCAUGGAACUGAUAGAUGGUCAUCCUCUGAGUCGAGUCUACGAGGUUGGAGAUGUAGAAGGACUCUACGAUAAGUUAAUGGAUCUCAUUGUUCGUUUCGCAAAUCAUGGUGUCAUUCAUGGAGAUUUCAAUGAGUUUAACUUGAUGGUACUAGAUGAUGGUUCACCAGUUGUCAUCGAUUUUCCGCAGAUGGUUUCUACCUCACACCCAAAUGCUCAGAUGUAUUUUGACCGAGAUGUCACAUGCAUACGUGACUUUUUCAAACGCCGUUUUGGUUAUGAAAGUGAGUUUUAUCCAACUUUUAAUGAUGUCUCUCGAGAAGAUAUCAUGGAUGUCGAGAUAUCUGCUAGUGGUUUUACCCGUCAAAUGGACGAAGAAUUGCUUGCCAUAAUAAAUGCUGGUAAAAGUGAUGAUGAAGUCUCUGAAGAUGAGGAUGACAACUUAAGUAUAUGUUCAGAUCUGACUGAUGUAAGUUGUUAUUAUGAUGCUUCGGAAAGUCCUGAAAGUCCUAGUGAAGAAAUCCAGAAUUUACAGAAGGAGGUGGAGACAUUGUUACUUGACACUGAAGUCAAUAGCAAACAAGUUUCGACUAAUGUAGAUCAUAGCCCUGAUAAGACUACAGGUGGAACUCAGCAGAGUGAACCAAAACCCUCUCUCAUUACUGCUACUGAAACAUCAUCAAAAACAAAUGAGAAAUGUGAAGAUUCUGAGAUCCCUCCAUCGGUAGACAUCCAUGUUCAAAAAGAUGCAUAUUGUCCCGGCCCAGAAGAUGACAAAGAAAGUGUUACAUCCUAUGCCACGAGCUUCAAAAGUGUUUCCACCACAUCUACAAUCGCUCCUGAAAUCAUCCGUGACCGUGUGAAGAAAGCCCUCAUGAAGCGUGCCAAAGUUGCAGAGAGGCAAAGAUGUAAAGCUAAAGGUGAAGCUAGUGCAACCACCAGAAGGCGGAGAGAGAAUCAAGCCAACAUCAAGGAAUCUUCUACAGGUAUUUGGGGUGAUGACUAAGAAAAAUGGAAUAGCUCUCAGUCCUUAAGAAUUGUACCAUGAAUUUUGUAUUAAAGUUCAAUGUCACUGCAGAUUGACAUCAGACUGUUUUGAAUCUUUUAGCCACAUGGGUGAUAAUGAGUUUUUAAAGUCUUUCAUACCUCCCUUCAUGCAUUUGCUAGCACAUUUGAUUUUUAUGAAAGCUUACUUCACCACAUUUUUCCUGUAACAUGAGUUUCUCAUCAAACGAAAUAUUAGCCUUCAUAAUCAAUUAUUUGUAUACAUCCACAUUUUAUGAAGUUAUCCUAUUCCUUUCAUGGAAAUCUUUAAAUAUCCAGACAUACUAAAUCUUCAUCAUAGGGCUUUUGUUGCUUGUUAAAUCAAUGGUACAACACCUGAAUUAUCUUGAGCUAGCAGAAUUAAUUAAAUGAUAGCUGUAUUUUCUUUGCCCUAGUUUGUUAUGGUUAAUUUCAAUAGGUAUUAAUAUAUGUGUUCCCUAAACAAUUUUUUGCAACCAUAGUAGUGACUUGGUUGAAAUAUUACGCCUGUAAUUCUCAGUAAGUAAAUCUACCUUUCUUUAAAUGAUAGAAUUCUUAAAAAGAAAGUUUGUCACCCUCUGGCCAAAGUAUCACAAGUGCCA